CGUUCUCUCUUUUUCUUCGAAACCUUCCUUCAGCUCUUCCACGGCUUUUUAAUUCACUGGGGUUGUUUUCUUCGCAUUUAAUAAAUGAUAUACGGUUAUGUUAUUGCUGUGUUCAGAAGUUGUUCUGUACGAGAGAAAUCAAACGACUUGAAAGAAUGGACGGUUUGGCGCCUCGACACACCUGAUGAAACCAAACCAGCAUGAAACGACUCCACACAGAACGUAGGUUUACAGAUGCAUCAUUUUUAACAGGAGGUGAUAGUCGAAAACUGGGCCUUUUUCGAUAUUAAACUCGGAGCUUUCUAAGCCGUACUCGAAACAUUGUCCAUUUUCGGGCACCUUCAUUUUUUACCCUUCAAACUGCUAAAACACUUUAAGGAAGCUCUGUAUUUCUAUUCGGAGGACUGCUGCACACUGUUGGCGAACGAAAAUAUUCUGUAAUCCUGUUGUUAAACGAUUUGUAGGAAAUGCAGGUCAAUGCACAUGCUGACCAGGACCUGGAUCGGGAUGUCCACGAAAUCGAUCUAACGGGCACAAAAGGGAAAGAACUUCUUCAAACUCAAAUUGAACUGCGUUCCCUUUCACGGGUCGGUAAUUCAGACUCUCAUUUGGAAUACGCAUCUUCACAAAAAUCCCAAAACAGAUCCUUUAUCGAGGCAAACCACACACCCCCGAAGAUAUCCAUUGCGCUUAUUCUGUUGAACAGCUUUUUGCUCGAUGUGUCACUUACCAUUGUUGUUCCCACCUCUGCAGCGUAUACUGAACAUCUCGGUGGUAAGGCUUCCUUCUCUGGUUUGACAAUUGGUAUUCCAAAUCUCAUUGCUCUUUUGUUUAUGUGGCCCGUGAUUCGAUUUGCAUCUCCUAAAAGUGCCCAUGGCUACACGCUUUACUUUCGGCCGCUCGUCAUUUCUGGUGUCUCGAGUAUUGUCGGUAACCUCUUCUACGUUUUCGCCGGUAAGAGCAAUGUGUUGUACUUCAUUUUAAUCGGACGUAUCCUAAACGGUGCUGCGUUUACAAUGUUUUUGUUUCACAAACGCUAUCUGACAGACAAAUUGCUGGUCGGUGUUAAUAAGCGAACGUUUCUAGGAGGGCUUAACAUUCUUGCUCAAACAUUCGGUAUGAUGGCCGGUCCCUUUAUUGGUGGUCUUAUGGCAAAGGCAACGAUCCAUUCCAAAAACGCUAUCUGGAAUCAAUAUACCUCUGGUACCUGGGUUUGGACGGGUGUUUGGGUUGUGUAUUUGAUCGCUUCAGCAUUCCUUUUCAAAGAGGUCACUGGUAAUGGAAUCGCUCAAGAAACAACGCAGCCGGAGAACGAUACUCCAUCCGAAUCGCAAGUCAAGCUUUCAAAAACAAACAAGUUUAUGCUUUUUACUCUUAGUCUUGCAGCGUUUGUAUCUUAUUUCACUAUUGAUGGCUAUCAAACCAGUAUUCCCAUUUACACAGAAAAACAGUUUGGCUUCUCAAACUUCGCCUCUGGUAAUUUCCUUGCUCUCGGAGCUUUGGUGAUUGCACCCUUCGUUCUGUGCAGCUCGUACAUGUCUCGCUGGUUGGGUGAUAGGGAAAUUGUCCUGUACAGUCUUCUUCUUGGCCUUUUUGGAGUCCUGUUGCACAUAAUUCUUAUUUCGGCACAUGCAGUAACAACUGUAAGCUACUUUUUUUCCUACGUAAUCAUGUUUUUGGGACUCAGUAUCACUGUGGGACCGCUUCUUUCACUGCUUUCCAAACAGUUGCAUCCACGAUACCAUGAAUUGGCUGGCUUUUCCAUUCAGUUUGCCGUAUGCACGAGCAACACAAUCGGCUCUGUCUGUGGUAGUUCCAUCUAUUCCAUUACGCCCAUUGGAUUUGCUAUACUAUGUCUUGCACAAGUCGUACUUUGUCUUACCUGCUUCCCCUUUCUGUGGUCGAAACUCAAGACGAAGCUCAAGUAAAUUACGGACUACAUCAUUGUUUCUUGUUAUUGUUUUUCUUUCGAGUUGUUUGUUUGUGCUCAAUGUCAUUCUUUUAUUCUGUCAAGCUUCUUACAUAUCUGUUAUUUACUACGAAAUACGCAAGUUAGCUACGAUCAAUGUAACAAGAUCGUAGAUUCAAAAUACGACUACUAAUAGAUACAUUAUUUUUUAUUGUCAAAAAUCAAAAAGUUGAGUAUUUAUUUUGAGUUUUAAUGCAGAGAUUCAAUUUCCAUACUUCAAUAUCACGGCGUAUUUUAUGAAGUCGAAUAAUAGCAACUGUGUCUGUUCCCGUG